AUGCAUAUUGUGACUAAAGCUUCGAACAACGAAGCUGAAUAUGAAGCAGCAAUUGCUGGCUUAGAAUUGUGCAUAGCACUGGAAGCCGAGCACGUUUGUUUAAAGACAGACUCUCAGCUCGUCGCAAAUCAGAUCCAAGGCGAAUAUGAGGCCAAAGAGCCCUCAAUGAUAGGUUACCUCGCAAAGAUCAAGGCAGUUAUUGCGAAGCUGAGAACUUUUGAAGUCGAACUGAUCCCAAGGGGUCAGAAUGCACAAGCCGACGCAUUCUCCAAACUUGCAAGUUCAACUUUAACGGAGUUGAACCGAUCUGUAUAUGUGGAGAGAGUUGAAGACCAAAAAUCCAAGUGGAUAGAGGAGCUUCCCGGAACCCUCUGGUCACUUUGGACAACAAAAAAAGAGGAAACGGGGCAUUCACCUUUUGAGUUGGUGUAUGGAUCCGAAGCUGUGCUUCCAUUGGAAAUUGGUUCAGAAAGUCUGCGAGUAAAUCUCUUCUCAGCUGAGGAAAAUGAGCGACUCAUGAAAGAAUCCCUCGACUUCCUAGAUGAGAUAAGAGAUUCAGCUCGAGAUAGAAUGUCUGCAUAUAAGCAGAGAAUCAACAAAUUUUAUAACCGAAGAGUCCAUCAAAGACUUCUCAAAGUUGGGGACCUAGUUCUUCGGAAUGCUGCUGCUGUGCAAAAAGGCCGUAUUCACGGUUUUCGUUCGGCGUUGUCUGAAGUAUUGCAUAGUGAUGCAUCGUACUUCGGCAAGUCGUAA